AUGCCGUUAGAAGGGGAUAAAACCCGGGGUCCAGAAACUUCAGGAAAUACAAAUCCUGGACAGUUCACCGGUCAAGUAUCGGGACAAACUGUAAGUCGUGAUACCAUUAAUGUGGAUUUUUUUGAUCCUAAGCAGCAAACGUUUCGAAGAUGGUUGCAACGAUUAGAAGGAGCUUUCCGCGUUUUUAAAAUUCAAGGAGAGCAAGAAAAAGUUGCUUAUUUAUUACAUUUUCUUGGCGUAGAGGCAUUCGGAAUUCUUUGUGAUCGUUUGGAUCCACAAGAUCCGUAUUUAUUGCCUUACGAUAAUUUACUCAAUAAAUUAAAAGAAUAUUACGCUCCGGAGCCGUUAGAAAUAGCGGAGAUUUUUGUUUUCCGGAAACGACUACAAUUACUGGAAGAAAAUGCUCAAGAGUACAUGGCCGCGUUGCAGAAGCUGUCUUUAUAUUGCAAGUUUGGCGAAUAUUUGAAGACGGAGCUCAGGAAUCAAUUUGUUUAUGGACUACGGAAUCAACGUAUCCAAGGGCGACUUUUGGAGACAGCAAACCUGACGAUGGAAUCAGCUUUGAAAACGGCUAGCGGUAUGGAGUUAGCGGAAAAAGGUGUAACGGAAUUAAAAGCAGAAGCUGCAGUGGCAGUCGAUUUCGUCGGAUCAAGCGGCAAGGCGAAGAAGAAAAUGACGGACAAAGAGAUUAAAUCGAAGGGUCACCAGAAGAACUACAAAUCUGGAAAAAGGACAAAUGCGUGUGGACAGAAUCAUCUGGCGCCGGAUUGCACUCUUCCUCGACACGUGAAGUGCCAUGAAUGCGGCGGUUUUGGCCAUUUGCAGAAAGUCUGCAAAAAGAAAGGCAAAGCUCAAUUAUUGGAGGAAGUUUUUCGAUUAGAUGAAUUGGAGCAUUCGCAUUUUCGGGAUAAGUACAUGGUCUCUCUCUAUCUGGAAAAUCGACGAGUUACUUUCGAGGUAGAUUGCGGAGCCGCGGUCACUCUGAAAUAUUCUGAUAUUGUGAGUGAGGAGUUCCCAUCCAUGAGUAAAGUAGAAGCUCGGUUAAAAUUAAAAGAAAAUGCGAAACCGGUAUUUUUAAAAAGUCGGGCAGUCCCAUUUAAAUUAAAAGAAAAAGUAGAAGCAGAAUUGGAAAGUAUGGUUCAAUCGGGAAUCUUAGAAAAAGUUGAAUCUUCAAGAUGGGCUACGCCAAUAGUACCGAUGCGAGCAGUAGGUCCGGCGGUUAUCGAUAACUCUCAAAUCCAAGCGUGGGAUUGUGUAGGCCCGAUUAUUAAUCAGAAUCAGGAUGGAAACGAGUUUCGUGAACCAUUACCCGCGUUAUCAGAGAGAGAGAGAUCAUUGACUGUAUCCUCGGAACUUUCUGAACAACGAGAGGUUCAGGAAGGGACAUCCGAUGUUGAGGAGGAGGCGCCAGAUCAAGCUGUUCACCCUGAAGUACCACCGGCGUCAGUAUCGAGCCGAGAACGGCCAGAGCGUAAGCGCAAACCACCGGAUCGUUUCGGUGAUUACUUCUCAUAUUGA